ACUGCUUGUGAAAGAGGGAGAUUCCAUUAUUCCAUGUUUCCAGUUUGGAGAUUGAGAGAGAGAUUAUUAUAGCCUCGUCAGUUUGCUUCGUUCUUUUUUGUUGUCCUUGCCACCCACGUUGGUUUUGAAGAUCUACUGGUGGACGUUCCUCGUUAGCAGAUAGCACAAUGGACAUGGAUGAGUGUUUCAGUAAUGCCGGUAUUUUCGACGCACGCCAAGAAGAGCGCCUGCAUCGCCACCUGGAUGCCGUGCAGUGCAACGCCGACGGAGCUGUGUGCCUCGUCUCAUCCAGCUUGGCCGGGCGCGUCUGGGACGGCUGCCUGUGGGUGUACGCCGCGCCGUUUGGCCAGGAGGAGCGCGACGAACUUGAGAACCAGUGUAGUGUAGCAACAGCCUGCCAUCCGGUCUCAGCAGGCCUAUCUGACGUAGUGUGGUGUGGCAAGGACACCAUAGCCGCAGCGGACGACACCGGCGCUCUACAGGUCUACCGAUUCGAUGGCCAGGAGGGUGUGAUUACACCACAUGCUCUCCUGGCCAAACACGACGGCAUGGCUACAUGUAUUGCUGCUACCACAACCAGCGGUGGAUCAGCGGCGACCAGCAACGUCCUGACUGGAGGUGCCGACGGUCGCGUCGUUCGCUGGGACCUGGCCAGCGGGCAGGCGGUCGAGGACGUGCGCGCGCACACGCACGCCGUCACUCGCGUGGCCGCCUCGUCCACGCACUCGGCACUGCUGGCCUCGUGCGCGCUCGGCGACCGCGCUCUGCUGUGGGACAUGCGCGCCAGCCACACGCGCCCGUGCACCGUGCUCAUGCCCGGCGCCGAAUCCUCCUCCGCCGCCACCAGCCUGGCAUUCUCCGUCGACGACACCAUGGUCGCCGUGGGCACCGUCUCCGGCGCCGUCAACGUGCUUGACAUGCGCACCGCCGGCAGCCCCCACCGCGCCGUCCUCUCUAACUAUAGCCACGGCGAGGCGACUGUGACACGCCUGGCCUUUGCCAGCCACCAGCGCGGCUACUUGGCGUCGUGCGGCGACUCCGUGCUCGGCCACGUUGUCGACACCACCACCACCAGCAAUGGUGAUGGCAGCAAUGGCGGCUCUGUGCGAGUGACCAAAAUGUCGACGACGGCAGAGGCUGUAGCGCGCGGCCUGGCCUGGAGCUCCACUGGAGUGCUGCUUAGCUGCGGCCUCGACUAUCCGCUCAUCAAGGUCCACAUUGCUUGAGCAGCGGCCGUGGUGUGUGUCUGUGUAGGUGAGAGAGAGAGAGAGAGUUGCCUCUGCCUUGCGCAUGCGCUAUUGUUAUCAAUUUCACUGCGACUGGCUGGUGCUGCUGUGUGUGACUGCUGCACUGUCGUUGCGUUGACUGCUGCGCCAGUGUGGACGCAUGCUAAGACUAGCCCAAUCCGAUACGGUCUCGGGGUGUGCAUUGCUGGCGUGGCUGUGGACAAUCUCGAGAGCAGCCUUGCUAGAUUGCUACUGAUGGCUCUGCUUACAGCGUUGUUCACAAGCUGCUUUGAUGUGCCAUGCUGCCGCCGGUGGUUAGAACCGACAUUCCGGGCUCUUCUCCUCUGCUUGUUGAUCCCCUCAUCUUUGUUCAUUGUCUUCGUCUGUUUCUCUUCGUGCGUCUGUGCACGAGUGUCUCUUCAUCUGUCUGCAUGCCUGUGCUGCUGAUUUCAUUAUUUUUCACCUUUUUUAGGAUGCACUCUGUCAAAGAAUUCAUUAUAAUAUUUCCUUUCUUGUUAUUUAUACGUGCUGCUUUGUCUUCUGGUUUGUCUUUCGGAUGUUUUGUUGCCGUUCGCUGCUGGAUGUACACUGUACUGUAUCUUCUGUGUACUUUGUCGUUCAGCUGCAUAUUAAAAUCCAACCCCAUGCAGCGAAUGCAGGGAGCCGACGCUGCCCUGCAUGCAGACUAGUAGCCCGGAGCCAUAAACAGUGGGCACUUUGCCAUGCCCGUCGUUGGAUUUCA